GUGGUUCGGGGAGAGUGCACCAGAGGGCAAGCAGUUGUUGCCCCGAGAAGGAAGCUCGCUCGCCAGCGCGGGGGCGGACACGCACAGAAUGAAAUCAAUGGACCUUUUAGUCAGUCGUUGGAAGUACCGGAAUUUUGUCAUAUCUGUAGUCAUUGUAAUAACAGUGGCUUUUUCACUCAUUGGAACUUUGCAGCUCUUGAGUUUGGGAUUAUCUCCUAUAAUUCAUGAUGGACGCUUGAAUUUGGAGGCAUCAAGUCACUGGCAAGAAUUAGUUGUUGGAGGUGAAGGUACCCCAGAUAUUAGUAAGACCAGAUAUGACUGCCACUACUUCAAUUGUUUUAAUGUUUAUAGAUGUGGAAGAGGAGGAUACCAGCGUAUAUCUGUAUACGUAUAUCCAAUGAUGCGGUAUGUGGAUGAAGAACACGUUGCCAUCAAACCCAUGUCAAAGGAGUUUUAUGAAAUUAUCGAUGCUAUCUUGAAUUCUGAGUACUACACUUCAGACCCUGAUGAAGCAUGUAUUUUCAUUCCUCCCAUUGAUACGUUAAAUGAAAAUAACCUGAGGAAAGAUGAGAUUGCUAAAGCAUUAGCAAUGCUACCACACUGGUCUGAAGGAGAAAAUCAUCUUCUUUUCAACAUGAUGCCUGGAACGCCACCGGAAUUUGACACAACCUUAAACCUGGCUCGUGGCAAAGCUAUUGUCGGUGGGGGUGGAUUCUCUUCCCUGACCUACCGCAGGGGUUACGAUGUUUCUCUCCCAGUAUAUAAUCCAGCUCAUCAAAAUACACCUAUGAAAAGAAAACCUCUUGGAAAACGCCAGUGGUUGAUGGUAUCAUCUCAGCCCAACAUUCACCGAGACUACCGGGAAGACUUAGAAGCACAGCUGUUGGAAAAGCACACAUAUGAGAAAGAUCUCCUUAUUCUUGACAAGUGUGUUCCAUUCUCCAAUCUGACAGUACGAUGUAGGGGAUCUGAUAUGUAUCAAUAUCCUCAAAUAUUAAAUGACGCAAAAUUCUGUCUUGUAAUCCGUGGUGGUCGUCUUGGACAAACCACUCUUUAUGAUGCUAUGCAAGCUGGAUGUGUGCCUAUAAUCAUAGCAGAUUCAUAUGUCCUACCAUUUUCUGAGGUCAUCGACUGGAAAGAGGCAGCAGUGCAGAUAUAUGAGGAAGAUCUGCCUACUUUAAUGCAAACCAUCAAAACUGAUAUUUCUGAGAAGCGGUUAGAAGAAAUGCACAAACAGGUUCUCUGGUUGUAUGAAAAAUAUUUUUCAACAAUGGAAGCAAUUACACUCACAACUCUGAAGAUCCUGAAUGAUCGAGUCUUCCCAGCCCAUGCCCGUUCAUUAGAACAAUGGAACAGACGUCCUAUACCAACAGCAGUGAGCAACCCACUCUUCCUCCCUAUCACUGCACCUGUGAAUGAAGGAUUCACUGCAGUUAUUCUCACUUAUGAUCGUUUAGAGUCCCUUUUUCAG